AUGAAUUCCAACAUGCAAGAGAGACGCGAAGAGCGAGGAGUGAGUGUGAACGGCACUCCCACGCGUGAAGAUCGUCAAUUCACGAGGCUUUCCAAGGGAUACGCUCACGCCAGUCAAGUCGUACCGUCCUAUGGAGAGGUUUGUCUAGGACAUGGAGACCCUCUCAUGAAAGCAGCAGUCGAACAUGAACGUGUAGAGGCAACUAGAAAUGCUAACAUGUCCCCCAAGAACUCACACAAGAAAAAGCUAUCACAGAGGACCUUUGAUGUCUAUGCUGACAAAGAAGUUCACCUUGAGGAGCAUGGAUCACCAGUUGCUGGACUUGGAAUCAACGAUGUAGUUCAUAUCGACAAGGACACGGCACUAGAAAUCCCCUGCCUUCCUCACACCGAUUGA